GCGACGCCAUGCCGAGCCCCGCUGGGCCGCGGCCUCCGCCGGCAGGGCUGGGAGCAGCAGCAGCAGCUGGACAUGCUGGAACCACCAAAGCCCCGAAUUCCCGGAGAACUUCCAGGGUUUUCCAGGGAAAAGCUGCACGGAGAGGGGUCCUGGUGGGCAGCCAGGGAGCUGUGCAGGUUUUUGAUGAUGAAGGGAAGAACGUGACACCCCAUCCCCUGUUCCAGCCAGACCCAAAUGCUGCUGUACCCAGGACACAUGGAAGCAGCACAUCACCAACCAAGUCUGCCUUAGAUGAAACAGAACCUCAGCAAGACCCAGCUUUGAGCUUGUCUGCUGUGCAGGAGGAGGGGGAAGCAGCCCUGACGGAAGCGGAGCUGGAGCAGAGGGUGGAUAUUUUCCUGACAGAGACAAACACGCUCUGGAUGUUGGAUCUGCCAACUGCUCUGGUGUCCACGGAGGCAGAGGAAGCUGUGAGAGUUCUGGAGAGGAAUAAGAUUUAUACUGAGAUUUGCAAGGCUAAAAUUGGCAGUGAGUACUUUGAAGAAAAAAUAGUGCAAACCUUCUCUGGAGCUGCCAAAAACAAGGAAAUGCAAUGUGAGACAAUCACCGUGGCAGAGAAAGGGCUGAUGGUGACUUCCUGGGAUUUGGAUCAUUCCCUGAAUGCCUCAGAACCUACAGAGACAGAAGAACCCAGAGCCCCAGCAGGGCAAAGCAGCAAAUCUCCCACAGCUGAAAAGCACACUCGGGCUGUGGCUGUCCCUUCUGCCACAGAGCCUGCUGUUCCUGCCAGGAGCCACGAGGAGAAGGAAUGCCAUUCAGAAACCAUCCUAACCUCAGCAAACCUGCAGCAGGAUUUAGUUGUCAUGGAGAGGAUUCUCAUGGAGAACAUCUUUCAACCCAAACUCGCAGUUUAUCGGCAGAUUCCUGUCCUCAUAGAACCUGUCGUUACCUCAGACACUGAGGCAGAAGAGGAGGAGGAGGAUGAGGAGGAAGAGGAUGAGGAGGAUGAGGAGAAGCAGGAGGAGGCACCAGAAGCAGAUGAAAGCCCAGCAGAAGAUGCAGGUCCCAGGCUGGAGCAGCUGUGGUCGUACAGGUGUGAUUUAACCAGCGGCCGCAGCGUGAGCAGCAUGGCUUGGAACAAAACCAACCCUGAUCUCCUGGCAGUUGGGUACAGGGAGUUUGUUUCUCUCAAGAAGAAAGGCCUGGCUUGCUGUUGGUCACUGAAGAACCCCAUGUGGCCAGAGCGCAUUUUCUGCUGUGAGCACGGUGUCACAGCUGUGGAUUUUUCCCUGGCAAGGCCCAACCUGUUGGCAGUUGGGAUGGCCAAUGGAUGUGUGGCCAUCUACGACGUGCGGAGCCGGAGGGACGCGGCGCUGCUGGACAGCAGUGCAUCCCUAAAUAAACACAAAGGUCCUGUGUGGCAGCUGAGGUGGGUGCAGCAGGACAGAGGUGACAAAGAAGAGAGGCUGAUGUGCAUCUCAGGAGAUGGGCGGGUGACCCAGUGGUUCAUCCAGCAAAGGCUGGAUUGCUUUGAUGUGAUGAAAAUCAAGAGAACACAAAGUGGGAAGAAAAAAUUACCAGGUGAGAGAGAAAGGAAAAGUGAAGCUCCCAUAUCACAACAGGCAGCUGGGAUGUGCUUUGACUUCCAUCCAGAGGAUUCUGAUAUUUUUCUUGCUGGAACAGAAGAGGGCCACAUCCACUGCUGCUCUUGCUCAGGCAAGGAGCAGAUUCUGGGGACAUACAGAGGCCACAAGGGUCCUGUGUACAAAGUUGCCUGGAAUCCCUCCAGCACAGACAUGUUCCUCAGCUGCUCUGCAGACUGGAGCAUCCUUUUGUGGCACCGGGAUUCCUUCACCCCCCUUUUAACCUUCACUUCUGUCACAGCUUUUGUUCACGACAUCAAAUGGGCUCCAAAAUCCGCCUUCAUCUUCGUAGCGGUGAACGAGAGGAGGGUGGAGUUUUGGGAUCUGAGUGUCAGCAUCCCCACACGCGGCUUCCUCAAACCACUGCAUUUUGAAAUACUCGUGGUGUAAAAGCGGGUGGUGGCUACCAGAGAUUUGGGGUUAGAAGAGAAGGAGCUGGAUGCCUCAUGGAGCUGAUAAAGUGCAAAACUGCCCUUUUUCUGCAGAAAUUGUGGCGGAGUUAAAAGGAAAAAUAACAAAACGGAGCUACUUUGGUAAAGAUUGGAUGGUCUGAAGUUGAGAUGACUCAGUUACCUGUGACCUUGUCCAGCUGCUCAGGGUUUUGUGUUACUGACAGUGUGAAACCCUGGUGGAUCCAGAGCCCUGCCACAUCCUGCAAAUUACUCAUCUAAUAAAAAUAUUAACCACCACUCUCCAGGUCAGGACAGAUUUUAGGCAAGCAGGAUCUCUUAGUUAACAGCAGCUGGAAUUUUUGUUGUGGCAGAGCCCAAACCAAGCACCCCCUCACUUCCCAAUUUUUGAUAUAACCCAGAAGCGAAAUGUGCAGUUUUUCAGCUGACAAAUGCAUGGCACCCAUUAAUUUUUGGAUUGCAGCUUCCAGCCGGUGUUCUCGUGUGCUGCCAUCCCUGAAGGGAACCUCAGCUCCAUCCUGUUUGCCAGGAACGCCGAGUGCCUGCUCCUGGGGGACAGCAGUGGCCAGG